AUGGCUUCUUCAUUGAACCGAUCCCUGGUACGCUCGGCGGUGCUUGCCAGCCGCUCGUACGCUUCCUCUUCUACAGCGACGCCGCUUCGAUUUGCCGUCGCCGCACCUUCUACCCUCUACAGCGCACGUCUCUUCUCGUCUUCGAUCGCACGUUCGCUCGCCACCCCGCAGACCGGACCUACACACGUCAGCUCCAGCUCAUACUCACCAUCAUCCGAGAUCACCAAGACCGCCACGUACGACGCUUCGCAUGUACAGCAGCAGGUGCGUGACGCGCCCAUCUACCCGGACUACUCCAAAGGUCCCUCGGCGCUAGACAAGGCCGGUCAGCUGUUUUUCUUCACCGAAAUCCUGCGCGGCAUGUGGAUCGUACUCGAGAACUUCUUCCGCCCACCCUACACGAUCAUGUACCCCUUCGAGAAGGGUCCUCUUAGCCCGCGCUUCCGUGGCGAGCACGCCCUCCGCCGAUACCCCACCGGCGAAGAACGUUGCAUCGCGUGCAAGCUCUGCGAGGCCAUCUGCCCCGCUCAGGCCAUCACGAUCGAGUCGGAGCCGCGCGAGGAUGGUGCACGAAGGACCACAAGGUACGACAUUGACAUGACCAAGUGCAUCUACUGCGGCUUCUGCCAGGAGGCUUGCCCUGUCGACGCGAUUGUCGAGACGCAGAACACAGAAUACUCGACCGAGACGCGCGAGGAGCUGCUGUACAACAAGGAGAAGCUGCUCGCCAAUGGUGACCGUGCCGAGGCCGAGAUUGCAGCCAACAUCUACGCUGAUCAUCUUCAGCGUUGA